CCCCCCUCCCCAAAAUUAAAACAUGUCGGUCUGUUUUGUGGAAACUGAUCAGGACUCGGUGGCGUUGAGAGCUUUGCAGAAGUUUCCCAAGAUGUCCAGUGAAAGGCAAAGAUCAGAUGACGAAAGUCCCAGCACUAGCAGUGGUAGCUCAGAUGCUGAUCAGAGGGACCCACCGGCUCCAGAACCAGAAGAGCAAGAUGAAAGGAAACCUUCUGCCACCCAACAGAAGAAAAAUACUAAACUCUCCAGCAAAACUACUGCUAAGCUAUCCACUAGUGCUAAGAGGAUUCAGAAGGAGCUAGCCGAAAUCACCCUAGAUCCGCCUCCGAACUGCAGUGCCGGCCCUAAAGGUGAUAACAUUUAUGAAUGGAGAUCUACUAUCCUCGGUCCCCCGGGUUCUGUAUAUGAAGGUGGUGUCUUUUUCCUGGAUAUCACGUUUUCAUCUGAUUAUCCAUUUAAACCACCAAAGGUUACUUUCCGUACCAGGAUCUAUCACUGCAACAUCAACAGUCAGGGAGUCAUCUGUCUGGAUAUUCUGAAAGACAACUGGAGCCCGGCUUUGACUAUUUCAAAGGUUUUGCUGUCUAUUUGUUCCCUCUUGACAGACUGCAAUCCUGCUGAUCCUCUGGUGGGAAGCAUAGCCACUCAGUACCUGACCAACAGAGCAGAGCAUGACAGGAUAGCCAGACAGUGGACCAAGAGAUACGCGACAUAAAUCACGUGACUACUUUUGUGCAGUGUGAAGGUGCGGGGAUGCAGCUUCGCAAUGUGCAAGCAAUCUUUAUAGCCUUUACAAUACGGACUUCUGUGUAUAUGUUAUACUGAUUCUACUCUCUGAUUUUAUCCUUUUGAAGAUUGGGAUACUACUUCCCUCUCCCCACUUCCCUUCCCCUGCCCCCCAACCUCCACCCAAAAAAAGGUAAAUGCUAUCAAGAGUAGAACUUUGUAGCUGUAGAUUAGUUAUGUUUAAAAUGGCUACUUGCAAGUCUUGCUUCUUUGGGAUAUCAAAAUGUAUUUUGUGAUGUAACUAAGGAUACCGUUCCUGAAGUCAACCAAAUAUUAUAGUGCAUUUUAGCCUAAUUCAUUAUCUGUAUGAAGUUAUUAAAGGUAGCUGUAGAUUACUAGGAAAAUUACGUCAUUUGUAUUAAGCCCAGAUCUAUUUCCGAUAUGUGGUACAUGCUGUUGUGAAAACUGUUUUAAACUUUAACCUUCGUCAGUUUGUAAUGAAAGGGUUUCCUUUUAUUUUCCCCCUAUUGCCGCCACCUUGUAGCUCAGAGAGCAUCCAGUGUAUAAUCUCAAACACAAUAAACACCUUCCCCAAGGAA